UCCUUCAGGAACCUGCGUCUUUGGAAAUUGGCAUGUUCUUCACAUACAAUACAACAAUGUUUCAUCCAUCAGAUGUGUAAUUUUUUGUAUAGCACCAAAGUUUAAGCUCGGUAUGGCGCAAGUUUUGAAAAAGAAAAUCGUCGUAUGCGGGGGCAAUGGCUUCUUAGGCAGCAGAAUAUGCAAGGCAGCCGUAUCCAGAGGAUGGGAUGUCAUUUCAAUAAGCCGGUCGGGCGAGCCAACGUGGUCAUCAGUUUUGUCUUCUUCGUCACGUCCGUCAUGGUCUUCGUCUGUCGAAUGGCACAAAGCAGAUAUUCUCAAGCCUAGUACAUACAAAAAACAACUCGAAGGCGCAGAUGCCGUUGUGCAUUCGAUGGGAAUACUGCUCGAGGCCGACUACAAGGGCGUGUUGCAGGGCAAAGAGCCUGUACUUGCAGGGUUACGUCGUGCAUUCUCAACAACGAAAAAAGGGAGCCAGAACCCGUUAGAGCAGAAUGGAGAGAGUAAUUUCAGCUCGAUGGAGAAGGAUGGGCAGAUCACGUAUGAGCUAAUGAACAGAGAUUCUGCUGUUCUACUCGCGCGAGAGUCGUCAACGGCCAAUGUUUCGACAUUUGCAUACAUAUCAGCAGCGGCUGGCGCACCUGUUCUUCCAUCGCGAUACAUAACCACGAAACGCGCUGCGGAGUCUACGAUACAGUCCGCUUUUCCAUCUAUGCGCUCAUUGUUCUUCAGACCAGGUAUGCUGUAUGACCAGUCGCGUUCCAUUACAAUGGCGUUGGCAUGUGUGACCGGCGUGGGAGCAUUGACGAACAGCCUUGUUGGCGGCCGAUUGACAUGGCUGAUGGGUGCUGGUGGGACAAAGCCGCUAAAAGCUGAUGUAGUCGCUGAGGCUGUAGUAGAAGGUAUCGACGAGAGCAAUGUUGAAGGAAUUAUCGAAGUACCUCACAUAGAGGAGCUCGCGAAUAAAGCUUGGAGACGGGGAAUGCUCUGAAUCAUCAGUAUCGCUCAACAGAGGGCAUGUAAUAUCAGUGUACAAAGAAUUAAAAGUCAUAACUGAUUUGUCGCGUAACAUGCACCAAAAUCAGCCAUAAGGAAUUCUUUUUGUGCUAGAUGCCGGUGUAGCUAGUCUUUUAGCCCAUGGACUAUGACUUUCAAUCUGGAAAGCUUUUGCUAUCAGAACCAUUGUUCAAUUCUAAAUCCUCUGUAAAAUCAGGGACUUCUCAAAGCCAUAAUGCAUCAAAUAUUA